ACCUUCACGAUUCUUGCUUCUUGGCGCGCGACGCCGGUAAAGAUGACGCGGUGACAGUGUUGUUACUGUUUGGAAAACCAACGGGUCGCACGCCGCUCAAAGUUUCAAAAAUAUUUACUAAUACGUCAUUCUUUUACCAUUCCGCUAUUCAUUCUUUAUAACUUCAGUUUUUUGCGAAAAAAAUCAACAUGACGAGUUCUGUUACGACAAAUCCAUCGACCCUUUUGCCACUUGAAUUAGUUGACAAAUGCAUUGGAUCGAGAAUACACAUAAUAAUGAAAAACGACAAAGAAAUAGUAGGGACAUUGCUGGGCUUUGAUGAUUUUGUUAACAUGUUGCUGGACGACGUAACAGAGAGUGAGGCAACUCCAGAGGGGCGAAGAGUAACAAAAUUGGACAUGAUCCUCCUGAACGGCAAUAAUAUAACAAUGCUUGUUCCUGGUGGAGAAAUGCCUGAGACGUGAGGCAUUGUUUUUUCUCUAAUAUACUUUUUUCUAAGUAAUCAAUUACCAUGUAAUGAUCUUAAUAAAUCAAUUCUUGUAAAUGAAAAAAAAUGGCUGAAAUAAGGUAAUAUUUUUUAAGUAAA